CAUAGUGAUGUGGACUGGAGAGCAACAAUGGCAUAUAGGACAGUCCAUCAGGUCUUAUAGUCCUAAAUUAGGUAUACUCCUAAAACUGGAGAGGAUCAGAAAGUCACUACCUGCUGCAGAUAUACACAGGACUGGAGCAUGCCGACCCCGGGAGUAAAGGGUGCGCGGGAGCCGGCCAAAAAGAGUGCACCUGGAGCUGGAGCUGGUGAGAAGCGCAGGAAGGGCCCAUGGAUUACAGAGCCUCGGAAGCCAGGCUGGGCAUUGACUCAGGAGAGGCUGGCAGCCUUGUCCCCCACACUACGCCAACGCCACCUGCUCUUUGGCGACGUACUUGACGACACAGGCGAGGUAACCUCCAUGUUUCCACGCGAGUCGGUGGAGUUACCCUACGGCAUGCCCGACCCGCGCACCUGGACACAGGCAUUAGAGCUACCAUCUGAGCGUCAAGAUCGGCUUCUGGGCACUCUUAAGGCCGCAGAAGCCCGGAGUCGAGUCCGAGCCCUGCGGUUGCGCUACACCCGAAUGCGGGCAGAGGAAAUCUCUCUACUGAUCCAGAAGCAGAGCUCCGCGCGCGCCGCCAUCCGACUGGAAUUGUUCCUACCACCCCAACUGAAGCCCACCAAGAUCCCUGAUCCUCUGGACCGACAAGAGCGGAGGCGUGUUGAGACAAUCCUGGAAGAGGAGGUAGAUGGCAAUAUCUUCCCUCGAUGACCGAGACCUUGGCGUUCAUAGACCCUAGGUUACAGCGGCUCCCCACCGUCUCAUAUAAAGUUCUUUUUCGAGGGU